GUGAAAUCACCUACAAAAUUUAAAGUUCAUGUCCUGAAAAUCUCAAAUUUUACGUUGCAAAAUGGCCUUAUUCUUUCGCAAUCUACUAAAAACAACCCCAAAUAAAAUUAUAUGCACAAAUAUUAUAAAUAAGUGUUUUUAUUCAAAAACCGGUCCUGAUUUGCCUAAAAAUGGAUUGGGGGAUAAAAUAUCGGCCGAUAAGCAACAAGAAAACGGUCAAAUUUACGAUAAAAAACCGUUUAAAGUGGCCUUGGAGGCAGGAAAGAGAUAUUCAUGGUGCCUGUGUGGUCGUAGCAAAUCUCAGCCCUUCUGUGACGGUACACACAAACAACAGCAGCUGAAAAUUACGCAAAAGCCCGUUAGGUUUUGUGUUGCCGAAAGUAAGGAUUAUUGGAUUUGUAACUGUAAACAUACAAAUAAUAGGCCUUUUUGUGAUGGAACGCAUAAAUCUAAGGUUGUUCAAGAAGGGAAUUCCAUUAUUAGGCAGUAAUUUGGGUAAAAAUUGUAAAUAUUUUUUAAAUAAAUAGUUAGAUCUUGUUUUUUAGUAAUUAAAUUUAAACCAAAUUUUAUUACAACAUCAAUAAACAUUAUUUGCAUGUCCCCUGCAAAUUUGGUUA